AUGGCUUUAAAACGAAUUAAUAAGGAACUUCAAGAUCUUGGAAGAGAUCCACCUGCACAAUGCUCCGCUGGUCCUGUAGGAGAAGAUUAUUAUCCAUUCAAACCACCUAAGGUAGCAUUCACGACCAGAAUUUAUCAUCCAAAUAUAAACAGUAACGGUAGUAUUUGCUUGGAUAUUUUGAGAUCGCAGUGGUCUCCAGCACUUACUAUUUCAAAAGUCUUACUAUCAAUAUGCUCUCUGCUGUGCGAUCCAAAUCCCGAUGACCCGUUGGUCCCAGAAAUAGCGAGGAUAUACAAAACCGAUCGAGAGAAAUACAACGAAUUGGCACGUGAAUGGACGCGCAAGUAUGCCAUGUGAUGCGUCAAUUUCUGUUGACUUCAAUAAAAAAAAAAAAAAAAAACAGCAACAACAAACAAAAAUAAAAAAAAAAUAA